GUACGAUCACGUGGUACAGUAGCUCAACUACAAUCUGCCUUCUGGUAGCUACCACGUCUGGUUUUGCGAUUAAAAAGGAUGGCAGAGCCCGAGCCACCCCUCUCGUGUGACUGCUUUGUGUCCUUGCCCCCUGGCUCACAAGAUGAUCACGUGAUCUUUGGGAAGAACUCGGACCGUCCUAGAGAUGAGGUCCAGGAGGUUCUUUACUACCCAGCAACUAGUAACCCAUCCGGGACCAUGCUGGAGUGCACAUACAUUCAGAUCCCUCAAGCAGAACACACCCAUGCUGUGGUCCUCAGCCGGCCUCCCUGGCUGUGGGGGGCCGAGAUGGGGGCCAACGACAAGGGGGUCUGCAUUGGGAAUGAGGCUGUGUGGACCCACGAAGCUAUCGACCCAGGGGAAGCCCUGCUAGGAAUGGACCUGGUCCGCUUGGGACUGGAGCGUGCGGACAGUGCCUGGGGGGCGGUGAGUGUGAUCACUGGUCUGCUGGAGCAGCAAGGCCAGGGGGGGCCAUGCAGGGAGGACCCGGCUCCCUUCAGCUACCACAACUCCUUCCUCCUGGUGGACCGCAACGAGGCCUGGGUCCUGGAGACCGCCGGAAAGCUCUGGGUGGCACAGAAAGUCACAGAGGGGGUGAAGAACAUCUCCAAUGCGCUGACCAUCGGGACGGAUAUCUCGGCGGAGCACCCAGAGCUGCGGAGUGUGGCCCAGGCCCAGGGUUGGUGGAGCGGCGAGGGAGAGUUCUGCUUCAACGAGGUGUUCAAGUCUGAAAACCCCCCCGCCAGGAUGGAACUGGCCAAGAAGCGCCACAGUGGGGGCACACAGCUCCUCCAACAGCAUGAUGGUUCUGUGACGGCCGAGGUGAUGAUGUCCAUCCUGAGGGACAAGCCCAGUGGGAUCUGCAUGGACUCUGGGGGGUUCCGCACCACUGGCAGCAUGGUGUCCAUCCUGCCCCGCGACCCCAGCCUGCCCUGCAUCCACUUCCUCACUGCCACCCCCGACCCCUCCAGGUCUGUUUUCAAGCCUUUUAUCUUCUCUGAGUCUGUGACCCCAGUGUCGAGGGUGAUCUCCCCACAGUACGGCCCAGACGACCCGGUCAGGAAGCAGCCGCGCUUCCAGAUCCUAGUGGACCGCAGGCACGACCUGUACAAGGCCCAUGAGGGGGCCCUGCAGACUAUGGAGACCAACCCGGACGCAGGGAAUGCUCUGACUGAGACGUUGAGGAUGUUGGAGGGCCAGUGUCUGACGGACAUAUCAGCCCUGCUCAGUGGAGAAACACCAGCAGAAGAGGAACUGGGAGACCUGUUCUUUGACUGUGUGGACACGGAGCUGAAGUUCUACCAGUGAGGAGCGCCCUCAUGUGGAGAUCGCUAGUACUUGCAGAUCGGCAGGAGAUGGCCCUGGGACAGUUUCGUCCUGUGCUCCUGUUAGAUUGGCUCCCUCCCGUCUCAUGCAUAAGAACCCUCUUGAUGCCAUUCCAUCCAUCAUUGACACAGAAUAUAAAUGUCUUAACAUUCCAUGGGAUUGGAGCAUCAUUGUCAUUUGUAUCACUUUAGGGUGCAACGCUCACCCCACAUUAGUGAGUAUGUGACCACUACAGUUCCAGUCAAAAGUUUGGACACACCGACUCAUUCAAGUGUUUUUCUUAUUUUACUAUUUUCUACAUUGUAGAAUAAUAGUUAAGAUGUCAAAACUAUGAAAACACAUAUGGAGUCAUGUAGUAACCAAAGUUUAAAAGUUUAAACCAAUCAAAAUAUAUUUGAUAUUCUUCAAAGUAGCCAUCCUUUUCCUUGGUGACAGCUUUACACACUCUUGGCUUUCUCUCAACCAGUCUCACCUGGAAUGCUUUUCCAACAGUCUUGAAGGAGUUUCCACAUAUGCUGAGCACUUGUUGGCUGCUUUUCCUUUACUCUGCCCAAGCAAGUCUCUUCUUCUUAUUGGUGUCUUUUAGUAGUGUAGUAUGAUGUCCCUUGGGGGUAUACGUACCUAUGUAGGACAUGCGAGGGUUAGGUUAAUAAACAGGCUGGAGCUAGAACCUCGUUGUCGCACGUCUUUAUUUUAGAUCAUACUACAUGGUGUCAUAAAUUUCACAUAAAUGUGAAGAACGUACCAAGUAAAUAAUACAUUCAGGUUGUUUCAAAGCAGGGAGGGCACAGUGUUGGAGAUAAAACAGUGCAUAUCAUUAUUUUGCUAGCUAACGAGCAAGGACUAAACUACUGCUAAGCAACAUGUUGCAAGAGGAAAAAGCUGGCGGGAUUUCAGGGUUUGCGACUCCUAAAUUCAACGGGCUCUGGCGGACAGGCCAGUGGCUAGUGCUGACGGAUUUCGCAUUAGUUCCCCGGAGAAUUGUGUUUGUAUGGACAUUCAAAACUGGCCGAAAUGGAUCAGGCGCUUUGAAAGGUGCAGGGGUAGCAUCAGGCUUAAACGUGAAAAAUUGGGCUUUUCAAGUUAAUACACUGAUCUACUCUAUGGGUUAUGAAGCCGAGGAUAUAUUAAAUGCUUCAACGUUGACCGAGGAAGAGAAACUUAACUACAAUGCCGUUAAAGACUGUUUUGAAACGCAUUUUGUAGGGAGACGCAACAUUAUUUUUGAGAGAGCUAGGUUUAAUAUGCGCAAACAGGAGCAGGGUGAAACCACCGACAGUUUUAUCACAGCUGUUCACAAACUAGCAGAACAUUGUCAGUUUGGCGCGCUCAGGGAAGAGCUGAUCCGAGAUCGGAUUGUAGUCGGAAUAAGAAAUAUCUCAAAAGUUAUAGUUAAGUUACAGUUGGAUUCCCAGUUUACCUUGUCCAAAGCUGUAAACCAGUUUAGGCAGAGUAAAAAGACAGCAGACGAUGCUGCGCGACAGCAGCUCCUUGCAGAACGAAGAGAGUGAGGAAAUGCAUGCAUUUUCAUACAGAGCUAAAAAAAAAACGGAGGGGAACACAGAACAGAGAAGGACGUGGGGAAAACAAUCUCAGACAGCACCAGUAGCUAGUUCAAAUGUUUGUCGCAAAUGUGGGACAUCCCCUUUCCACAGAUGGAAAGAUUGCCCAGCAAAGGAUGCUGGAAUGCAGGAAAUGUGACAGGAGAGGACACUUUUCAGCUGUCUGUCGAUUUAAAGCAAAUGCAUGAGGUUUCAGAGGAGGUACAGCAGGACAGCAUCUUGCUGGGAGAAGUAAAGGGAAACAAUACUGUCUGGCAUUCAGACAUUAAACUCAAUGGGGAGGUUGUGUCAUUUAAACUAGUCACUGGGGCAGCAGUGACAGCUAUCCCAACUAGGCUGUAUAGCUAUAGCAGAGAUGGCCCUUUGCCCUCUACAAACAAAAAACUGUACGGGCCCAGUAAUACGAUUUAACCAGUGGUAGGGCACUUGGUGAUUAAACUGGAGAGUGAAGACAAAAGUGCCCUCCAGCCUGUCUUCGUCAUUGACUCUCUAGCCAGACCGUUGCUGGGGCUGCCAGCAAUUGAAGCAUUGCAACUCAUUGAGAGAGUGAGCGAACUGGAGGAACCAGAUGAGGUUUUCAAAAAGAAAUUCCCCAAAGUGUUUUCUGGUCUAGGAAGGAUAGAAGGUGACUACAAAAUCCGCCUGAAAGAGGAUGCUGUCCCCUGUGCCCUUACCACCCCCUGCCGUGUGCCUAUCCCUUUACUGGCCAGAGUAAAGGAAGAGUUGGGGAGGAUGGAAGACAUUGGGGCGGUGUCUAAAAUAGAGAGUCCCACAGACUGGUGUGCAGGGAUGGUUGGUGGUCCCAAAAGCCAAUGGGGAAAUAAGGAUCUGUGUGGACAUGACUAAAUUGAAUGAGGCACUCUGCAGAGAGAGACACACAUCUUACCAUCAGUGGAGCAGUCACUGGCUCAGUUGGAUGAUUCACAAGUCUUCAUAAAGCUGGAUGCCCGCUCAGGUUUCUGGCAGAUACCGCUGUCAUCAGAGAGUCACAAUGUUUAUAACACCGUUUGGCCGUUACUGUUUUCAUGUUUUGCCAUUUGGAAUCGCUUCCGGUCCUGAGCAUUUCCAAAGACGCAUGUCCCAGCUGUUGGUGGGGCUGAGUGGCGUCAUACUCCACGCGGACGAUGUGCUCGUGUGCGGAAGGGACAGAGCAGAACAUGAUGUAAGGCUCACAGCAGUUCUGACCCGACUCCAGGAGACUGGCCUGACACUCAAUGAAAAAUGCACUUUUGCACAAUCAGAGGUCUUGUUCUUGGGACACAAAAUCAGUGCAGCUGGAAUAGAACCGGACCCAGAGAAGAUCAGCGCCAUCACAGAUAUGCCCAGAUCCCAGAAUGCGGCUGAAGUCAGGGCCUUCUUAGGCAUGGCCACAUAUGUGGGUAAGUUCCUCCCACAGUUCUCAGAUACAACCAAACCUCUGAGAGACUUACUAGCCAAAGAGAAUGACUGGUUAUGGGGUCACAUGCAACAGGUAGCGUUUGACAAAAUCAAAGGAGAUCUGGCCUCACAGAGAGUGCUGGCCCAGUACCGUCCCCACGCGAAGACAAAAGUAUCAGCAGAUGCAUCAUCCUUUGGGCUAGGGGCGGUCCUCACACAGAUGCAUCAUCCUUUGGGCUAGGGGCGGUCCCCACACAGAUGCAUCAUCCUUUGGGCUAGGGGCGGUCCUCACACAGAUGCAGGACAACAUGGAGUGGCGUCCAAUAGCAUACAUCUCCCGAAGCUUAUCCGACACAGAGCAAAGAUAUGCUCAAGUGGAGAAGGAGGCGUUGGCUAUCACAUGGGCAUGUGAAAGGCUCAGCCAAUACCUUAUUGGCCUGCAGUUUACAGCAGAGACUGACCACAAACCACUGUUGGCUCUGUUAGGGACAAAAGCACUGGACGACUUGCCUCCCAGAGUUCUGCGCUUCCGUCUCAGAUUAUUGAGGUUCACCUACAAGAUGGUGUAUGUGCCAGGGAAGGCACUGAUCACAGCAGAUGCACUCUCCAGGGCCCCAAUUAAACGUCCAUUAUCAGAGGAGGAGCAAUGUCUAGAGGGUGAGGUACAGGUGUCCAUUAAUGCAAUAAGGGACAGUCUACCUGCAUCUCAAACCAAACUGCAGCAGAUUGCAGAGGAGCAACAACAAGACCACAUCUGCCAAAAGAUAGUGCAAAAAGGGAUGGCCCAGGCAGGAGGAACUGCCUCAGCUGCUGAAGCCCUAUUGGGUGCACCAAAUGGAGACCUUCUCAUGAAAGGACAACGGAGAGUUAUCCCAGAGACUCUACAACCAGAAAGGCACAAGGGACACAUGGGGAUAACCAAAUGCAGACUGAGGGCUCAGCAGUCAGUGUGGUGGCUUGGUCUGAGUACUCAGAUUGCCAAGCUGGUAGCCCAUUGUGAGGUCUGUACAAAAUGUCAACCUUGUCACCCGGAGCAAAAGAUGGCAACGGAGCUGCCAAAACGGCCAUGGCAAAAUUAUAAGGGCGGAUAUGUUCUAUUGGAAAAAUGACACUUAUCUGCUAGUGGUGGAUUACUACUCAAGAUACAUUGAAAAAGCAAAGACACCCAUAACCACAUCAGCUGGUGUUAUCAAUGGAUUAAAGUCAAUUUUUCCAGGCAAGGGGUCGCUGAGGUCCUGGUUACAGAUAACGCUCCCCAGUUCUCUGCCAGCUCCUUUUCUGCUUCUGCCGCAGAAUAUGACUUCAUACAUGUGACCAGUAGCCCCUACCAUGCACAGAGUAAUGGUGAGGCAGAGAGAGCUGUGAAAACAGUCAAGGGACUGCUGAAAUAGAACAAGGAUCCAUACAGGGCUCUGUUAGCUUACAGAGUUACACCACUGCAUCAUGGGCCGUCGCCUGCCGAGCUCCUGAUGGGCAGGAGGCUGCGUUCCCCAUUGCCUGUCUCGCCGGCUCAGCUUAAACCCUGAUGGCCUAACAGAAAGGCCUUCGGUGAGAGGGACAAACGUCUGAAACAAACGCAAACUGGAGACUUUAAAUCGGAGACACCGUGCUAAGGAGAGGCCAGAGCUGACCGGAGGUCAACGCGUGUGGAUUACAAACUCAAAGACACCAGCAAUAGUGCUGAGGAAAGCGGAUGCCCCACGCUCCUAUGUGGUGGACACAGGCUCAGGAGAGGUACGGAGGAACAAAACACACCUCAGAGCUCUUCCAGAUCUACCAGCCACACAGACCGAGGCCACAGAAAAUGCACAAAAAGAGGGUGAAGGAGAGAGAAUGCUCACAGAGCCACAAGCGCGCCCAAAAAGGGAUGUGAAGCCACCAGAGUGGCUGAAAGACUAUGUUACGUGAAGAGAAAACAUACUGCUGGGGACCAUACCCAGCAAAAAGAGACUGUACCUAAGUUAAUGUUCAUACUGUGUGAUUUAAUGCUUUCAUACUGUUUCAGGGUGGGAAGUAGCAUGUUCGAGAAUAAUACUGGUUUUCAAAUUGCAUUUCAGUUAUGCUUCAGUGGUUAUACAUGUUGAGUUCUUGUUCAUGGGAGAGGGGAAGAUUUAGUAGGAUGUCCCUUGGGGGUAUCCAUACCUAUGUAGGACAUGCGAGGGUUAGGUUAAUAAACAGGCUGGAGCUAGAACCUCGUUGUAGCGCGUCUUUAUUUUAGAACAUACUACAACUAGUGGUUUCUUUGCAGCAAUUUGACCAUGGAGGCCUGAUUCACGCAGUCUCCCCUGAACAGGUGAUGUUGAGAUCUUGAGUGUCUUACUUGAACUCUCUGAAGCGUUAAUUUGGGCUGCAAUCUGAGGUGCAAUUAACUCUAAUGAACUUAUCUUCUGUACCAGAGGUAACUGUGGGUCUGUGGUCCUCAUGAGAGCCAGUUCCAUCACAGCGCUUGAUGGUUUUUGCGACUGCACUUGAAGAAACUUUCAAAGUUCUUGAAACGUUCCGGAUGGACUGACCAGUAAUGAUGGACUGUCAUUUUCUCUUUGAUUAUUUGAGCUGUUCUUGCCAUAAUAUGGACUUGGUCUUCCUCAGGGCUAUCUUCUGUAUACCACCCCUACCUUGAAACAACACAACCGAUUGGCUGUAAUGCAUUAAGAAUAAAACCAAUUCCAUAAAUGCACUUUUAACAAGGCACACCUGUUAAUUGAAAUGCAUUCCAGGUGACUAUCCCAUGACACUGGUUGAGAGAAUGCCAAGAGUGUGCAAAGCUGUCAUCAAGGCAAAGUGUAGCUACUUUGAAGAAUCUCAAAUAUAAAAUAUAUUUUGAUUUGUUUAAUGCAUUUUUGGUUACUACAUGAUCCCAUAUGUGUUAUUUCAUAGUUUGGAUGUCUUCACUAUUAUCCUACAAUGUGGAAAAUAGUAAAAAUAAAGAAAACCCCUUGAAUGAGUAGGUGUGUCCAAACUUUUGUCUGGCACUGUAUGUAUGUGACUUUGCAGAUCUGUUUUACAUUAAACACCUACUGUAAGUACGCCAUUUGUCAAAUGUGCUAUUCAUUGUUACAAGUGAAUGGGGGUUAGUUGACUGACUGCCCCCAUGUGAAUGAACUAAUAAAAUAUUAGCUCUGUCU